CGCCCCUAUUCCGACAAGCCCAUGCUCUCCCCGCUCUCUAUUUCAUCCCCUCCACCGCCUCACUCCCCCCUUCUCUCCCUCUCUCUCUCUACCCCUCCUCCGAAACGUCGGGAUCUGGAUGGUCGGCGAGUCGCCCGCGGUCGCCACCGCCUCCUCCGCCGCGCCCAAGCGGGGCGCGCUGAAGAAGCGGGGCAGCUACAACUGCGGCAGAUGCGGCCUCCCCAAGAAGGGCCACAUUUGCCCCUCGGGCAACGGCGACAUCCUCCCCCCUCGCUCCGAUCACCGCCUCCGCCGCGCCCUCUCUUUUGAGGAGGACCGGACUCCGUCAGCCGUCGCGGCGGCGCCAGGGAUGGAGGAGGAGGAGGUGGCGGAGACCCCGGCGGCGGCGGACUACGAGGAGGUGGAGGUGGGCGGCGGGGUUCUGCCGGUGUCGUGCCUGGUGGAGGUCCUGAGGCGGCUGUCGCCCAAGGAGCUGAUGGGGGCGGCGGUGGUCUGCCGGGGAUGGAGGGAGUGCGUGAAGAGAGUGUGGCGAUCCGCGGAGGAGCUUAGGCUUAGGGUUUCUCCUCGAUCUCAGAUCGGUUUCGUUGGAUCGGUGCUGCACAAGUGCGCCGGACUGGCGCGGCUUACUCUGAGGAUAGAAAGUGAUGUUGAUGCUACAUUGCUAGCUUGUGUUGCAUUCUCGUGCCCUAGUUUAGAAGCUUUUGAGAUCAAUAUUGGUGACAAUGCAGUCAAUCGGAUAACUGGGGAUGAAUUGGGUCGUUUUGUUGCUGAGAAAAGGUGUCUUUCAGUUCUUAAAGUGGAAGGUUGCACUAGUCUUGGACUUCUCAACCUCCAUUCUUCAAGCCUGUCAACUCUCUGGCUUUCGGACCUUUAUUGCAUUUCAAAAAUGGUUAUUAGCUGUCCUAAUCUGAAGGAGCUUUCUCUUGAUUUUACUCGACAAGAAAAUGAUUCAACAGAUCUUGUUACCAUGAUGGAUAGUUUGGGCCGCACCUGUCCACGGCUAAGAAAUAUGCAUAUUGCAUCAAUUCAACUUUGUAAUGACGCUGUGCUUGCUUUAGCAAGCACAAACCUAAGGGGCUUGCGCAUGCUGUCACUGGUUCUUGGUUCAAAAAUCACAGAUGCAGCUGUGGCUGCUAUAGUUUCAAAUUAUUCAAGUUUAGAGUUGAUUGACUUAAGUGGAUCAAGCAUUAGCGACAGUGGGAUUGGAAUGAUAUGCAAUGCAUUCUCUCAGACCCUAUCUAGACUCCUCCUUGCUCUCUGUCCUAACAUUACUUCAAGUGGGAUCCAAUUUGCUACAGCACAAUUACCACUUCUUCAACUAAUUGACUGUGGGAUGAGCAUGCGUGCUAUUAAUUCUCAAAAUGAAAGUCCUGAAGAAAAUGGCUUGAUUGGUAAUGAAGGUAGCGGAGAACUCAGAAGGUGUCAGAAAUCACCUACAUCAAAGCCACAACCAAUUUACCAAAAACUAAUUAUAAAGCAUGGGUGUUUGAGAAGGAUCAGUUUAUGGGGCUGUUCUGAUUUAGAUGCCCUAUACCUAAACUGUCCAGAGCUUAAUGAUCUCAAUCUUAACUCAUGUGCAAAUUUGCAUCCAGAGAGGUUGUUGCUCCAGUGUCCCAAAUUGGAACAUGUUCAUGCUUCUGGGUGUCAAGAUAUGUUAACUGGGGCAAUUCGAAACCAGGUUCUUAAUGAGUUUGCUGUGGUUCAAAACCAUUUACCAUGCAAGCGGCUAGCUGAUGGCUCCAAAAGGGUUCAGGUCCCUCGAUAUCCUCUACAGCAGCCAUCUGAUGAUGGGAAGCACAGAAGGUUACGGCGGACCCAGUGCACUGUGCAUCUUGACUGAUGAUUCUCUUGCAUGCCUUUCAGAUUGAUCCUGUCCAAGCAGUCACAAUCUGUUUAUAACUGGUGAUGUUUUUCACUUACUGUGGGCCUGUCAACCUGAAACUCCUAUUUGCGUUGUUUUAACUCUAUUGUCUGGCUGCUUUCAUCAUGCCAGAGAAUGGCUUUGCCUUUUGUUGUAGAAGAAUAAAUUGCAGCCUAGAUGUCUAACUGUUCUUUUUAGAAAUAAAGUUUAACAUGACUGAAACAUUCAA